CCUUGCAGCGCUCUCCCCUGGCGCCAACAAAAUGUUCAGAUAAAAGUCGGCUGUGAACAUAGGAUCAAACUGGCAACCUACGGCGGCAGCUGUGACGAAUACGGGCCAGAAUUUGGAGUAAUUUCUAAAUUAAAACGACAUCAGCGUGUUAGCUCAGCAUUCAUUCCGCCAUUCUGAAUCUUACAAUUCCCUUUUGAUCCUGAAGCCCAACCCUCAACUCUCAAUCUACCCUUUCGCCUGUACUCGAUUGAAACCUGAAGCUGCACAGUUGCCAUGGCACCCCGCGACAACCGCGAUGAACCGAGCUCGUCAUCAGAGCGCGAGGACAAUGCCGGCGCUCCAUUUCCCGGCAAGCGGCGCGGGCGACGCCACAGGCCACCGUCCAACAAUCCUCAAGAGGACAUACUCCCCGCUGCACCCUCUGCCAUGCAGUCGGAGGGAAAUCAUACGGCAAAAGAGGCCGCAUUUACCACAAGCGAGACCCAGUCUCGCUUGAACCCGCCUGCCAGUACGCCUCUUAGACCUCCAAGGGCCAAGACGACAAGCUGGACUUCGCCCCCUCUCCUGCCUUUUGUCUCAAACCUCGGACGGGAACGAAAAACGCAACCUGAAAGCCGACAUAUACCCACUGGUAUUUCUUCGAGUCCUAGGCUGAGGCCCGCCGGCAGCGGUUCAUUGCUAGGCCCACAGGGAAGAUUCGCGCUCUCGCCUCCAGACGCCGAGGACCUGGCCGACCUCAUUCGCGCUCUUCCCGGCUUCAGUCCCAACAAGCCCGCACUGGGUGCCAAGGGAAAGGCAACUGCAGCAAGUACCCUCGUUGGUGGAGACCCCGCCGCUGAGAUUGGCUCCUCGCCCUCUCAUACAGACCCGAGUCCGUCUAGAAGCUAUGUCCUCCAAGAUGAGGCAGAUACAGAGACCCUCACCGACGACCAACGCGGUGCAGGGUCGGAUGAGAACGGUGCCGAGGCUGACUCAGUGGACCACCGGCGCCAGGAAACCAUCAAUGCCAUCAUGCGGAGAUUUUGCACGAGGCUUGACUCCAAGAUUAUCGCCAUGAGAAAUGGCCCGCCGUCGAGAUCCACCCAUUCGCCACCUAGAUUAGUGAAGGAGGAAGGAGAGGAAAGUUUUUGGCAACACGAAGCGACACCUGAUCUGUUGGCCACAAGGGGUCAACCUCUUGGCCAACCUGCUGGCCGUGUGAGCCAUAGUCCCGUCUUCAUCCGUGGACAGAUGGCCCUGUCGGCGUCUCAGGCCGCCGAACCCAUACCUGUGUUGCUCCAUGCCGCUUUUCAAAACUUACCUCCGCCGCCACCCGCCAGCGUACCCAUGGAGGCCUCCUCACAACCGCCGACGCCUAGUUACACGCCUCCGUCUGGCCAGGGCUCUGGAGUGGUUGGCAUGUCCCAUCGAAAGGGAUUGCCGCAGCCUCCCCUCCCAGCAACUCAAGCGAUGCCGACAGCUCCUUUAGCUCCACCCCAACAAACGAUCCCAAGAUCUUCCACAUUGAAAUCUACGCCCAUGACAUAUAUGCCGUCAAUUGUCUUAAAGAGCCAGGCAGAAGAGACACCUAGAUCAAGGGGGGCAUCUCGCGGAAGCCCCCCCUCUUCCCUAACACCGAAGCCUUUGGUAAAGCCAAGGGCCUUGAGAAAAAGAUCCGCCAAAUCAGAUGCUGCCUACGAAAGCUUUGUGCCCCAGCAACCGUAUGGUCAACCAAGUUCAUCCAACCUUGGGGUUGGAGCUCCAUCCAAUGAGGGCGGUCUAGGCGGGUUCAAUACGUUCGCUAUAACCUCUAGAACAGGUACCAGUCUCCCAUCAGGCCAGGUGCUGAACCUGUAUCAAAGCCAGCCUGCCACUCCCACCCCGCAUGCUCCUGCCGUUGGCUUUGGUUUAAGCGGUAGCCAGUACCCUGCUUCGGGUCCAAGCAUCACACAGUACGGUGGUGUUUCUCCAAGCACACGAUAUGUCGGCUCAGCGGAGUCUACACAGGUACCCCGAGGUGGUAUGCAGAACCAGCUGGCGUCUCCGAGAAACCAGGGUCCUCUCGAGCAGCGCAAUGCCGGGAGAGGUCAACCCCGGGACGACGAAGACGAUAGCGAUCACGAUGGUAGGCGGAAAAGGUCCAAGCAUCCUGCUUCUGCUAAGGCAACUGCCAAUAACGCAGAAGUGGGCAAAAAGUUCGCUUGUCCGUACUUCAAGCGCAAUCGCAGGAAAUACCACAAGUGGACUUCAUGUCCUGGGCCAGGGUGGGACGAAGUGCAUCGUGUCAAGACCCAUCUUUACAGGAGGCAUGCGCUCCCCAUUCAGUGUCCUCGUUGCUGGGAGGUCUUCAAGAGCGACAACCAGCUUCGUUCCCAUCUCCAGCAAGAUCCACCAUGCGAUAUUCGCGAAAGCACACCCGUAGAGGGUUUUAGCAAGGACCAGGAAAAGAGGCUUCGGAGUCGCAAAAAAGUGCAAAACGAUAUGACAGACGACGAUAAAUGGCGCGAGAUCUACAUGAUUUUAUUUCCGGAUGACGAUAGAGAGACGAUUCCGUCGCCAUACUACGAUGAAUUGGACGAAGAGGCCAACGAGAGCAGUGUCGGCGGCAGCGAACUAGAAGAGUAUGCAACCUUUAUUCGGAGGGAGAUGCCAACUCUGGUGAGACGCGAGCUUGAAAUGCUCUUUCAAGACCAGUUUCAGGAUGUCGACGAGCGAGUGCGACCAAGAGUUGCAGACAUCGUGCUCAACCUCCAGCCGAGGUUGCUUAGACUUUUCAAGCAGUCUCAGUCGCCGCUGAGCGGGUACGGACCCCAGCAUGAAGUGGCUGGGAGUGGUAGUGGCAGCGAUCCGAGUCUGACCCCCUCGCUUUCUCAAGGUACAGGAACAGGAACAGACUGGGCGUCGGCGGAGGGCACUGAUCAUGAAGGCGCUCUCCCGCUUGGUGCAGAGAAUUUCGUCUUCGAUGUUCAUGACCUCUUUGACUUCGAUGAAGGCGCAAUAGCCACAAACCUCAACUGGCACGCACCUGGGCAAGCCACCCAUGGCGGGCUACAACCACAACCCGCGACACGAGACACCAACGUCAAUGCUUGGGACUACGAGUUUGACAAGCUAAUGAAUCCAUCACUGUAUCCCACAUAUGGUGGUGAUUUGUCGGGUAGUUAUUCCCAUCCCGAGGCGAGCAACCAGGACCCAGCGCUGGCCCCAUUAACAGGACGGGGCGACUUAUGAUAUCGGCUGAAGUUAUCUUGGAGAUUUGUCACGAAGUUGCUUCUCUAUUUUAUGUUACCUUGCGAGACGAUUAUACAUAUACAAAGUCCUAGAAUUGUAUAACCCAACUCAGAGACGUUCCAUCCCGUAGAGCC